AUGCCCGAGGCCCCGCCGCUGGCGGCCAUCGGAUUCGGAGGGUCGGUUCCCUGCGGGCGGCCCGGGCGGCGGGCCAGACGCGCCGGGAAGGGGCCAGGCGGAAAGGUCCGCCGCCCCUUGGUGCGCGAGCGGAUCGCGGGGUCAGGGGGAGGGGCGAUCGGAGGGCGCAACGGGGAGCUGUCGCGGGAGGACUACGGGAGAUUCGUGCAGCAUUUCAGGCAGGCGUCGCCGUACAUAAUCGGCCACCACGGCUCCACAUUCGUGGUGGUGAUCCCCGGGGAGGUUGUGGAGGAGAGCGAGCUGCUGGAGCGGCUGCUUGAAGACUUGGCACUCCUGCAUGCUCUUGGUGUGCGGCUGGUGGUGGUGGUUGGCACGCAGUGCCUGACAGACAAGACCCUGCGGGCGCGGGGUCUGCCACCUCGUUAUGCCAAUGGCCUGCGCAUCACGGAUGCAGAGGCCCUACAGGCUGCAGUGGAGGCUGCAGGCCGCACUCGUGCCAAAGUGGAGGGGUAUCUUUCAAAGACUGCCUCUGUGCCAAUGAUGCGCCGCCACACCAAAGGGGAUGGUGAAGUUCAUCCACCAGGGCUGAGAGUGGUUGGAGGGAACUAUGUGACGGCCAAACGGCUGGGAAUCGUUGAUGGCGUAGACUUCGAGUUCACAGGAGAGGUUCGGUCUGUGCUUUGCUCAGACAUCAAGCAACAAUUGGACUCCCGGAACAUCGUGCUUCUCACAAGCAUAGGAUAUAGCCCCUCUGGCCAGGUUUUGAACUGCAAUGUCUACGAUGUUGGGCUCCAUUCUGCUGUCGGGCUUGAUGCGGACAAGAUCUGCUGUGUUCACCUUGGCGACAUCGACAAGUUGAACCUGCGGCCCUGGGUGCCUCUAAGCGACGCAUACGAAUUCAUAGACGGAAAGCCAGAGGCGGCGGGCGAAGGUUCUGGUGGAUUGCAGGGCGUUAGCAGAUCCAACGGGCGGUGCCAAAGGAUCAAUGCAUACCUGGAGAAGCCGGUGAACCCAGAGCUGCCAAGAUCAGUCCUGGCAUGCAUCCUGGCUUGCCACGAGGGGGUCAACCGAUCGCAUCUUGUGGAUGCCAAAGUGGACGGCGGCCUGCUGCUGGAGCUGUAUACAAGGGACGGCCUAGGCACCAUGAUUUCGACAGACUUCUACCAGGGCAUCCGGCAAGCCCGAGCGGGUGACUUGCCCCUCAUACACGAGCUGCUGCGGCCUCUCCAGGCUGCCGGCGUGAUCCUGCAGCGCUCCUUUGAGCAGCUCGCUGCUGAAGCGAGCAGCUUCAGGGUGUUCGAGCAGGAGGGCCGCAUCCUGGCUUGCGCCUGUGCUUCGGACUUGGGAUUCAGCAGCGAUGGCGUGCAGGUGGUGGAGCUCGGUGCGUUCUGCGUGCACCCAGCCAACAGAUCCCAAGGCUUGGGCGAUUCCCUGCUGGACUACAUCGAGCAGGAGAUAAGGGACACUAAGCGCCGCAGGUUAGUCCUGCUGACGACACGGACUGCGGACUGGUUCGUGCAGCGGGGCUUCCUGUGGGUCGGGCCCGCCCACGCCAGCGACCUGCUGCCCGUAAAACGGCGCUGCAUGGUGGCGCCCAGCCGCAACUCCCAACUGUACGUGAAGGACAUCCUCCCAAUCAGCCCGUCAGAGGCGCCCGCCGGGAAGCGCGUGGGAUUUUGA